ACGCAGCGUGUGGAAGAAGCCGCCUGUUGGAGCUGUUCUGGGGCAUGUGGCUCAGAGGAGCGGGGCCGCCUUCCUCCAUGACCCGGGGCCCGUCCACGACAAAAAAAAACAGAAAAAAAGAAAAACAGCCACCGAGCGGCGAGAGAAAGGGGGCUGGGGAUGCGGCAGGAGCUCGGCAGGAAACCAGGAGCGCUGCUGCCGCCGGAACAUGGAGGGAAUAACCCGACUUCUGGCUGAUGCGGACGGACACCGAGUUUAAACCGGCGGCGGAUUUUGUUCGGUUCGACUUUUGUUCCUUUGGCCGUUUUCACACACAUCUGCAGUGAUGCGGGCUGUGGAGCGGAGCGGCGCCGCGGCGAUUCUGCUCUGCUUUUUGGGAUACUUGGUGUCGGGAGCUGCUGGUAAAACGUUACCGGAGGACACGGCCACACAAGAAGUUACGCUGAAGGUUCACCUGAGCGACGCCAGCACCCACCAGCCCCUGCUCGGAGCCGCCGUACAGCUCUUCGCCAACCACACGCCUGUAACCGUGGAAACCUCAUCAGCUGAUGGCAACACCUACCUGCGCUUCCCCUAUCGCCUCGGGACGCCGCUGGUCGUCACCGCAACCAAGCAGGGAUACGUGCCAAACUCAGUGCCCUGGACUCCCUCCAGACUACCUGUGUUUUCCUCCAUCAGCCUGGACCUGCUGCCAGAGAGAGCUGCGACUCUGAUGGUGUAUGAAGAUGUCGUCGAGAUUGUUUCAGGGUUACAAGGUCUAAGAAACCAGCCCAGCGUUCAUUUCCUGCGCCAAGCCCUCAGCCUCCCUUCCAACACGUCCUACGCCAACCUGACCGCUCUGCUCACCGUGGCCACCUCCCCGUCACACAUCCAGCACUUUCCACACCUGCAGGUUCUGGGCGGCAACGGCACAGGCUCCGAGAAGAAGUUCGAGUUGACUCCUGUGGCGGCCAUUUCUGUUCACCUACUGGCCAGCGACGGCGUGGAGCUGCAGGUGAACGAUCCAAUCACCGUUUCUGUUCCUCUGCCGCCCGACAGCGGCCUGAAGGAGAAUGAUCACAUCCCUGCUUGGAGAUUUGACCCCCGUAUGGGCGCCUGGAUAAAGAGCAGUUGGGCUCAUGUGCAGAGGGACGGAAACCAGCUCAGUCUGACCUACAUUGCUCCUCAGCUGGGAUACUGGGUGGCCGCCAUGUCGCCUCUACACUCAGGUCCAGUGGUUGCGAAGGACAUCAGCACAUACCACACUGUGUUUUUGUUGGCUAUACUGGGAGGAAUGGCUCUCAUCCUGCUCUGCCUGCUCUGCCUCCUGUUGUACUACUGCAGACGUCGCUGUUUGAAGCCUCGAGGGUCCCACCGUAAGCUGACGAUGUCCUCCGGUCUGGACAGCAGUAAGAGGGACCAGGCCACCUCCAUGUCCCACCUGAACCUCAUUAGCAACGAGGUGCAGCUUGAACUUGUUUCAACAGCGACUGAGCCCGACAUGACGACUCCGAUGCUGAAGCCUUCCUCCUACGAGCACCAAGACAAUCAGCGUCAACACAACCUAAUCCACCACAGCAAACACAGCCGCUCGUCUCUGGGCAACAGCCACCACGGUUCGUCUCUCGGCAACCUGACGCCUCGCAGCAGAGACUACCGGCAGUCGGUGGAGACGUUCCAGCUCAGAACCGCGCUUUCAUCCGGGACCGACCGGGGCUACCGUCAGUCGUACACCUCCGUCUGCUCCUCCAGCAACCACUUCUCUGACCCGCUGUCGUCAGCCAAUCACGGUCAGGCGUCGGCCACGCAGCUGAGCGGCGUUGGCAUCAUCGACUGCAUCUCCCCAUCCUCCCCUCCUCACUCCCCCAGUAGAGGGGAGGGAGGGGAGUGCAGGGCUCCGGACCACCUCCUGUCCCGCUCAGUGGACCACCUGGAGCGACCCGGCUCCCAGCUGCUCUCCCGGCCGGGCCAGCUGCUCUGCUGCGGCUCCGUGGACCUGCUGAGCGGAGGCGAGGGCUACCCCAGAGUGCGCCCCACGCUGGUGAUCCCGGCGCACUACAUGCGGCUGCCCGGGGAGCACCCUCUGUCCGGUCAGGCCCUCCUGCUGCAGACCGACCAGCAGAGCGACCUGGAGACCAUCCAGGCCGAGCUCAACGCCUCACACUCCCAGCAGCCCCUGGGGCAAACCCCGACCGACUGCACCCCGGGUCCCACCAAGCAGGGCGACGGAGAGGCUCGCGGUUUGCCAGAGUCGCUUUCGAUUCCCGGAGCUCUUGGCGAAACGGCUCUGGUGGAGAUAAACAGUGAGGACACCUUGUUGGCAGAAAAGACUCUCAUGGAGCUGAGAGGGGGGAAGCCGCUGCCUCACCCCCGGGCCUGGUUCGUCUCACUGGACGGACGCUCCAACGCUCACAUCCGUCACUCCUACAUCGACCUCCAGCGGGCCGGGUGCCAUAGCAACACGGGAGGCCAGCAAGGGAGGAACGGCAACGACGCCAGUUUGGACUCCGGCGUCGACCUGAACGAGCCGAGAGUUGGCCGUAAGGGGAGGGACGCCGAGCGGGAGGAGCGGGAGGUCGAGAGAUCGAAGGGCGCUACGCCAGCGUCGGCCUACACCCAGCUGGUCUACGUGGAUGAUAUGGACGGGGGAGGCAGCGAGGAGGACAAGUGCAGCCCCCAGGACAGCGAAACGGGACCCGACCUGUCAGACAAAGCCGAGGGCAGCAGAGGGGACAUGGAGGGCAAAAGAGCCGAGGGGGUCCGGAUUCAGGAGGACCCGCCCUCGCUGUCCUCCUCAUCCCCCAACUCUCCUCCUCCGCUGCCGACGCCGGACGGGGUGACGGGGUUCAGGACCGAUCACAGGCUGCUGUCGGUCUCCCCGGACGACGAGGCAGCUCAGGAGGACGCAGAGGAGGAGAAGAAGAGCCCCUGGCAGAGGAGGGAGGAGCGCCCCCUGCUGGCCUUCAACCUCAAAUGAUUCACAUUAAAAGAAAGGUUUUCUGAAAUCUGUCUCUAGAGAAAAGUCACACGCUAAGAGCUUCAUGGAAAGUGUUUGAUGUGAAACAAUCACUCCUCAUCAUGGAAAAAUUACAAAGUUUACCAGAUGUUAUGGAGUUAAUCAAGUAGGACACAGAUACACUGUUUAUUAUUUUCUAUAUAAGAUGCAAAUAAGUAAAACCAAAUAACUAAAAUCUAAAUGGAAGCUGAAUUCAAUCUAGAAACUAGGCCCACACUUGGGGCAUAAAUACAAUUUUUGCUGCUCUUCUUUUUAUUCCCCUUCCAAUUUAACAUAUUAGCAUUUUCAGAAUCUCCUUCACCACACACAAACAGCCUAAAAGCUCUAAAAUGAGAAGUUUUAUAGAAGAAAUGGAUCACGCAAUAAGACAAGUCCGCUUGGUUCUUUCAGGGAUUUAGUCGGGGGCACCAUCCCUGCUUCCUGGGCUCAGCUCGUCCUCGCUUUAAUCACUGCUCUACACCAUUCUGAUUGUACUUUAAUAAAUACAAACACACCAAAGCAUAUUUCUAAUAUAGCAAAACGACAAUGAGGUGCUGUGGAGACGGCUCUGACUCUGCAGGACUGGUCGCUAACUAGAAAAGCACUGAGAAAACGCAGGCCUCCAUCAAAACCAGUAGUUCACACUUGUGUUAAAUGUGAUUUUUGCACUCUAAGCUUAAUCGGUUCUUCUGUUGCUUCUCGUGCUGCAUCUGUCCGACUUGUUUUACACACACACACUUAAAUAUGUGUUUUUAGAUUUAGUUUCAGGCUGCACAGUGGGGUAGUGGUUAGCACUUUUGCCUUGCAGCAAGAAGAUCCCUGGUUCAAAUCCCGGCCUGGGCCUGGGAUCUUUCUGCAUGGAGUUUGCAUGUUCUCCCUGAGCAUGCGUGGGUUUUCUCCGGGUACUCCGGCUUCCUCCCACAGUCCAAAAAUAUGCUGAGGUUAAUUGAGUACUCUAAAUUGGCCGUAGGUGUGAAUGUGAGUGUGAUUGUGUGUCUGUAUAUGUAGCCCUGUGACAGACUGGUGACCUGUCCAGGGUGUCCCCUGCCUUCACCCGAGUCAGCUGGGAUAGACUCCAGCACCCCCCAUGACCCUAAUAAGGAUAAAACAGUGUAUAGAGAAUAGAUGGAUGGAUUUAGUUUAAUUUAGUUAGUUUUUAUUUCAUUCAUUGACAGAAUUUAGUUUAAUCUUACUCCACACAGUUCUGCUAAAAGUCACAUUUUUGUUUUUACUUCUUUAAACCGAAUGUAUUUGGCGAUGCUAAGCCCGGGAUACAGUGAUGGUGUCCCUGCAGAACAGUAACCAGUAGAGCUGCAGUGAUUCUUUUUGUAGUUGUCAAAUAUUAAAUUAAUUGCCAACAAAUUGAGCGUUAAUUUAGAGUUAUUUUAAAGAAAAAAAUCAAACAAAAACCUCUUAUUGCAGUCUCUUAAAUGUGAGUAUUUUCUGGUUCUUUUCUCCUCUGUUUUGUGACGUUUUCAUAACCCAGCAGCUACUCGAUUAAUUGAGAAAAUAAUCAUUUGCAGCCACAAUCUGUAUCCACACACAAUUAAGACAGAACACCGUGAAAAUGAACAAUCUGAAAGAGUUUGGAGCAAUUCCACUUUGUGUUGCUGAAGCUCCAAAUGGGAAGUUUGUACUAAAAUCACUUUAAAGAACGACAACUGCUCUCAUUUCUUACGUUAAAAUCACUUUAGGGGGUUUUAUGAGCAGGAGAACACAUUAGGGCUUAUAUUAGCGCGUGAGUUUUGUUUUUAGACAGACUUUUAAAACCGUAACCUCGACUCCUCCUCUGACCACGGCGUGAAGGAUUUACCUGUUCACAUCGAAGCCCUUUGUUCUUCACAUAGCACUGAGAAUAUAUUUCCACUCUGGGAACUCUUCUGGUCCAGAAAUGAACGAUUCAGCUCCUUCACCAACUCCCCGGGACGCUUUACGAAACGUCAUCUUCACCGUGAACGUACGCUUCGCCUUGGAGGGGACACGGACAGACUCUGGAGGCAAGAAAUUAGGAUAUUUUAUGCACAAUAAAUAUAUGCCUUUUUUUUUUAUAAAUAGCCUUGUAGACACAGUCGUUGGGUGGUUCUCAGAAAUCAAACACUACAGGAGGCGUUCUUCUUGAGCCAUAUUGGCCUCAGAAACGAGAUUACAACCCCAGUUUAGCCGGGAAUUAAAAGUAAGUUCCAGGUUUUAGUCUUUUUCACUCCUGAUCUACAAACAAACAUGCAAAUCCUGAACUUUGAGUGUUUUUUUUUUUGUUUGUUUUUUAGAGUUUAAUCUAGCCCGUGGGACGGCUCUGUGAAAUGAAACCACUAUCCGCUCAGAUAAUGUGACACACGCGAUACCACUACGAAACUGUAGUUCCACCCAAAAACAUGCAAGGUGUAGUAAUAAUAAACUGAUAAUAUGAAGGGUUUUGUAUUUGUUGAACCACUGACCGGCGUAUUUUUGCUCCGAAGGCUAUGCAUCACUUUUAUACGGCUGCUUGAGAUGCCUUUUUUUGUAAGUUUUGAUUUAAUUAAUUGCCAACAUGAAGUAUUUUACCUGAAAAUAGGCUAUUUUUUAUUUCUUUAAGGGCUUUUCCUUCUCACCCGCCUUAUUGUUAGAACACCGCAUAACCUUUAACCGUUUUUGCUUGCUGUGUUUCACCUUAUUUUUUGUUUUAUCCCCCCCCACACCCCUCAUGAUCCAAGUGCCUUUGAACAACCGACCGGACUCUACAGCAAAUUUUUUGCAGAACAGAUUUAUUUAUUUCUCACCUUCUUUUGCCUUCAGCUUUUCCCUCUCUACCUCAGCCCUCCCUUUCUCUCUCUCUCUUUCCUGCUUGUGAAAGGAAGCAUGCAGUAAACUUUCCUCAGCACUAUUACAAGCGACGCUGCAGACCUCUCAGAAAAUGUCCACCAGCCUCUCCUCCUCCUCCUCCUCCUCCUCCUGCUGCUGCUGCGAUCGUAAAAUCCUCCAAACAGCAAUCAGCAAAAAACAUUGAUUUCUAUUCGAGCGAGCGGUCGAGGGCUUGCAGAAGUUUGAAGUGAAGCUAAGUGCGAUUGUAUGUGAAGCUUAACGGCAGGUCGUUUCAGUGCAUUUUUUUGUGUCUUUUCUGUGUUUUUCCGAGGGUGAAUGUUCUGCUGGAUUUGCGUUACAUCCAAUCGAGGUUCAUGUAGUCGUAGCAAUCAUAUUCCACAGUGUGUAUAGUUCUUUCCUUGCGUCUGCCUGAUGGAAUCGGUGUGUAAGUCGGUGUCGUGAAUGGCCUUUUCUCUCUCUUAGUAUCCCACGGCAACCUCCAGAUCGAGGGUGGAGUAGCAAUACGGCCUCCUGAGUGUGUAAAUCGGUUGCUUGCAUUAUAUUUGAAGCCUAUUAUUCUGAAUAAACAGCCAAACUGGA